AUAUAUUACCAAUUACCUACACUCAGCUCUACUCAAUGCAAUUAGUUAUGAAUCAUAAUAUAUUCAAUAUCGAAUUAACUUUUUAAUUGUGCGGCAAUCUAUUAAGCUCUUCACACCAGACAUUUUUGAGUAUUAUGUAUUGUUAUCUGGUCAAUAUUGUUCGUUAUAAAUAUUAAACACAAUUACGAAAUACAAUAUGUAUACCUUCAGGUGUUAUUCAUCUCCUAGGUAUAUCGUUUUAAAGUAUACGAGUGCAGUUUAAAUGUGACCGCACAAUAUACUCAUUACUCAACUGCCACUUCGCUAUGAAACUAUGAAAGUGUGCACUUUAUACACCUUAUAGACCAGCACACAGCAACCAUGGUUAACGUCACCGCAAUGUAUUUGCUCGUCUCGGCCACCGUGGCCGCGUCUUACCGCGCGUCCGCGGCUCGCAUACUCGGAGUGUUCCCGCACCACGGGUACAGCCAUCACAUGGUGUUCUUGCCUUACCUACGAACACUGGCGGAUCGCGGACACGACGUUCACGUAAUCAGCAAUUUCGAUUCGUCGCACCCGAACAUUACCGACAUCAAUGUCGUCGGCUCCAUGCCCAUGUCCAACAACAACGUCACUUUUCCGAACACUGCCGGGUACUUUGGCAUCGUCGGCUCGUUGACGGAUCGAUUCAGUCUGUCCUAUUUGGCCGGAACGACGGAAGGCUUGUUCGACGUGCCAGCCGUCCAGAACCUGCUCGAAGAUCGAACCGCGUCGUUCGACUUGGUCAUCGCCGAACAUUUCAACAGCGAACUGCCUCUCGGUUUCGCCGCCAAGUAUCGCGCGCCGUUCGUUUUGCUCAGCAGCUGUCCGCUAACGCCGUGGACCAUGUCCCUAGUUGGCCAGCCGCAACAGAUCGCGUACAGACCGUCCGUGUUUAGCGGCCUGCCGGAACACAUGGACCUCGGCCAGCGGCUGACCAACAUGGCCGUAUCGGUCGUGUCCGCUGCCAUGUUCCGACUGGUGAAUCGGCCCUGGAGCCAACGGACGCUGAGAAAACGCUUGGGCCUGGACGUGUCCCUGGACGAGUUGGCGUCCAACGUCAGUCUGGUGUUGGUCAACACACACUGGUCCUUGAACGGGGUGUCGCCCACCGUGGCUGCUGUAAAGGAGACCGGCGGGAUGCACAUCAUGCCGCCCAAACAAUUACCAAUCGACAUACAGAAAUAUAUUGAUGAAGCUGAGAAUGGUGUCAUUUAUUUCUGCAUGGGCAGUUUAUUACGGGGUGAGACUUUUUCGCCCGAAAAAAGACAGAUGUUCUUAAAUGUUUUCAAUAAAAUUCCACAACGAGUUCUGUGGAAAUGGGAAGGUGAACUACCUGGAAAACCAUCCAAUGUAAUGAUUCGCAAAUGGAUGCCUCAGCGAGAUAUUUUAGCCCAUCCUAAUGUUAAACUAUUUAUAUCUCACGGUGGCCUAUUGGGAACUACCGAAGCUGUGUAUGAAGGCGUUCCAAUUUUAUCAAUGCCAAUUUUUGGUGAUCAAAUGACAAAUAUCAAAGCUGUUGUAAGCAAAGGAGCUGCAGAGAUGAUGAAUUAUGGAGAUUUGAAUGAAGAUGAAAUUUUUAAAAAAAUAACAUCCAUGAUUACAGAUCCUAAAUACAGACAAAAGGCUAAAGAGUUAUCAGAAGCUUUUCGUGAUCGACCUAUGUCUCCUUUGGAAACUGCAGUGUAUUGGACAGAAUAUGUCAUCCGACACAAAGGGGCGCCGCUACUUCGGUCUGCCGCGGUCGGUAUGCCAUGGUACCAAUACUAUUUAAUUGAUGUACUAGUUGUAAUUUUAUUAACUGUAACAACAAUUUUUGUAUUACUUUAUUGCUUAAUUUUUAAAGUUCUUUUAAGAUUAUUGAAUAGAAAAUCUAAACAAAAAAAAUCAUAAUAAUUUAACGAAUUUGACUUAGGUAUAAUAGAUAUAUCAUACACCGUAUAAUAUGCUUGAUAAAAUAUACUAAAAUAUAGUGAUAAUCUUCUUAUCUAGUGCUAAAUAUUACAUAUUAUGUAUUCCUACGUAGGUAUUAUAUUGUUCAUUGUAAUUAAUUUAUAGUUAUACACUGUAUAAUAUGCUUGAUAAAAUAUACUAAAAUAUAGUGAUAAUCUUCUUAUCUAGUGCUAAAUAUUACUUAUUAUGUAUUCCUACGGAGGUAUUAUAUUGUUCAUUGUAAUUAACUUAUAGUUGUCAUAGGUACAACGUACAACGUUUAUUAGAGUGAAUAUGUUCGUCGCAUAAAUUGUUUAAAAUUGAUAUACAUUCAAUUAUUUUGGAAAUAUCAUUGUUUAUAUUUAAAGUAUUUAUAGUAAAUUAGUAAAUAAUAAUUCAUGAAAAUCAAAAAUGGUUAAAAGUUUCAUUUCCUACGAAUAGUAGUUUUUGAAUUAUCAACAAUAAAAUUAAAGUUUAUAAUACUUAAUAACAAUUUUAAAUUAAGUUUUGCACAUGUAUUUUUAUAUUAUAUUUUUAAACCUUUUUUUAAUCACAAACAAAAUGUUGUGAUACAUUUAUACACAAUGUUAAAUAUUUAUAAAUACUAAAUAGUGCAAAAUGAACCAAAAUAUUAUGGAAGUUAUCUUGUCAUGAAACUGAUGUAUGCUAAUAAAUAUUUAAUUAUAAAUUGAAGUCUCUAAUAAAAAUCUAUGUUCAAAGUUGAAGAUUGAAGCAUUUUUAGGCACUGUUCAAAAGGUGAAUAUAAUAUAUACGAAGAAAAAAUCAAAAGGUAGGUAUCUACUCUACACUACAUGCAGAUACAUCAGUACAUGUAUAUCGUAUAUGUCUUGUUAUAGGUAUAGCAACUAGUUGCUAUAAACAAUCACCGUUUCGACUGGUAACAUUCUAGAUGUCACACAAAUUAACAGAAUGACCCCCCAACCAUAAGUCAUAAACAUGUCAAAAAAUGUUUAAACAUCAUUGUAAAAUCAAUACAUUUAUCGACUCAUCGUUCCUCUAAAAAUCCAAAAACUAAACGUAUAGAUACUCAGGUAAAAUCAUUGGAGGCAAAAGUAGCUCAUCCUAUGAGUAUGAUGUAUUCUAAUAAUUCUAGUCAAGGUGUCAAAGUACUAUCAAUGUUGAAAGAUAUGAUCAAAGAUGUGGAAAAUAAAAAG